CCGUUAGCGUAUAACCGAAAAGUGAAAAGCCAAGUAACGAAAACGAAAAGGAGAAAGACAUACAUGGAAUAUGUACAUCGUUCUGAUUGUUUAAACGGCAUUUAUUAAACAAACUCUGUAUGAGUUAAAUAAUUUUAAAUGACGUAAAUAAAGGCAUAAUGUUUGUGGAAGAUCUUAAAAAUGAUUUCUACAGCAUAGUACAAGGAAAGAGAUGUUUGUUGCUUGUUAAUUUUGACAUUGAUGCUAUUUGUGCUUGCAAAAUUCUACAACAAUUAUUUAAAAAUGACAACAUCGUGUACACUCUUGCACCAGUACAAGGACUCCAAGACCUGAUUAAAGCUUACGAAGAUAAUGCUCAAGAGAUUAAAUAUGUCGUUAUGAUUAAUUGUGGCGGUACAAUUGAUAUAGUUGAGAUAUUAGAGCCACCAGAAGAUAUAACAUUUUUUAUAAUUGACAGUCAUCGGCCUUAUGAUUUGUGUAAUGUCUAUUCAGAGGGACAGAUACGUAUUCUUGGUAAACCAAAUGAUGAUGAAGAGAUUCCUGAAUAUGAUGAAAUAUUUCGUGAAGAUUCGUCUGAUGAAGAGGAAGAGGAAGAAAAUUCCGGUGAUGAAAUGGAGUCACGUCAGUCAAAGCGUCGUCGUUUGAACGAAGAAGAUCUUCUGAAACGUCGUGCACGUCGUGAGUGGGAAGAAAAACGUGACACUGUUUUAUUCAAUUACAUGCAGUAUAGCUAUUACAGUAAGUCUAGUGCAGUAAUACUAUUUGAAAUGGCAUGGAAGAUGUCUAAAGACAGUCUGAAUAUGGUUUGGUGGGCUAUUGUUGGUUCUUCCGAGCAAUCUAUUCUUAAUAAAAUAGAAUCAAGUGAGAGUGUAUUAGAAAUUGGGCGAUUGCAAGGUCACGUUUCGCGAUUAAGCCAUCGUCAGGGUGUUGAUGCUGAACAGCAGCAGCACAGCGCAGCCAAAGUAACCUAUGACAAAGAUAUACAAUUGGCACUUUAUCGUCACUGGACUGUAGAGGCAAGUUUGAGGCACUCGAUGACAACUGCAGUGUCUCUACGUCUUUGGUCAAUACGCGGAGAUCAGCGUCUACGUGGACUGCUUGCUGAAAUGGGAUUACCUUUAGAUCAAUCUAAACAACGAUUCACGGCGAUGGAUUUAAAUCUGCGGUUGGAAUUUCGACAAAUGGUUGAACGUCUGGCAUCAAAGUACAACGUAGACAGCAUUGUUGGUGCUAGUUUUACCUUACAGUCUGGCUACACAUUUAAAUAUUGCGCAUCAGAUAUUGUGUACGCGAUGUUGGCGUUACUGGAGUCAUCGACGAAAGAUCGUUCACCCCAGCACUGUUUUCUCGACGCACUUGAUUGUUUAUCGUUAAAAAAAAAGCAUAUACUCCAACGGGGUAUCGAGAAGGCCAAAUUGAUGCUGAGUAAUAUAUUUAAAACAGCUCAAGGUAUAUUAGAAAUGAAACAAGUAAUGAAUGCUGGCUCAUUCCUGUACGUAACUAUACCGGAGGGCACACUCGAUAGUAGAUUAUUUGCUCAUCCACAUCCACUGCUUAUGCUUGCCCAGUUUACAUUAAAAGCGUACGUGGAAACAUCUAAAAGACAUACACGGGUUUUGCCGCUUCUUGCUUCAGCAACUUUUAAUGCUGACGAGGGUACUUGUAUUUUAGUUGGUGUGCCGCCUGUUUGUGAGGAUCAACCACGAAGUUUGUUCGGCAAGGCUUUUGAACAGGCGGCUAAAAACACUAAUGCUCAUGUUGAAUCGGAUUAUUUUGAUACAACAAUAUUAAGACUGAAAAUCGAAGAACGUCCCAAGUUCUUUGACGCACUGGCUGCUCUUCUCACCUAACUACUACAUCAAAUCAAUUAUAAAUGUAUUUUUAAUAAUAUUAUAUUUAAUUUAUCGCAUAGCAUUAUUUAAAACAAUCAACAAACUUAAAAAUUUACGUAGCUUUUAAUAUUUUCGACCAACAAUUAAUAAAAUUAAUAAAUUAGCUAACGGUAAUUUUUUUAAGAAUGUAAAUAAUUAACUUUUCAUAUUUUUAAUAACUCGACGAAUAUUGUAUGAAGCUCUAAUUCUAUCAUUUUUAUUUUAUUAAUCUGUAAAACAAAUAGUAAUAAUAAUAUUAAUUUAAAUAAAAUCAAACAAAA